AUGUGCAAUAGUCAAGAAAAAGAUCCAAGAGUUAAAGCAGAAUAUGAAGUACAAGAACAAAAACCUCUUAAAAUAAAGGAAAAAUGUAUUAUAUCAAACUGCCAAGUUAGAUAUCGGUCAGGAGAUACCUCUAAUGGUGAAGGAUCUUUAAAUAUGAUAAAUGAAGUUGCUUUAAUAGAUCAGAAUAUUGCUUUCAUAGGUCAGGAUAUUGUUUCAACAGAUAAUUUUUAUAAUGCAAAAUUAUCUUUGUUUUAUUCUGGUGAAGAUUUGUCAUUCUUUUCUGAUGAUGAUAAUAAAAAUGAUAAUAUGAGAAGUGAUAAAGAUUAUAAAACUAAGGAAGAGAGUGAAGAAGAGAAUGUAAUAAAUUUCGAUGCACCUGAUAUAGAUGAUAGCUCAGAAGCUAAUAUCCAAAAUGUUAAUGAAGAUUUUUUGUUAACCAAUAUUAGCAAGGAAAAAUAUGAUAGUUUUCCAAUUCAUCACAUUAUUUUGGAUAAGGUUGUAAUCACAUUCUACAAACUAGAAAUCCAUAUUAGCAAUACCACUAUCAUGAAGUUGAUUCCAAAUAUCAUACCAAGUAGUGAUUUAAUUGAUGCUGUUUUGGUUCCAAUAGUUCAG